UUGGGAUCAAGUAUGCUGCAUGGAGUGCUGGACUUUGUUGUUGUUGUUGUUUGGCUCUCUGGUUUGUGGGUGGGUGGAGUGUCAGCCACUGUCUAGACCGAAACCUCAGAUGCGAACCGGCUGCAGUACGGAGUACAACUUUUGCUUAGUUAGGUGCAGUACGAUAAACUUCUAUCACGUUCUUCACAGCUUGCAGGUGCAGGUGCAGGUGCAGGUUCAAAUACAGCUGAGCAGGGACCAGGGGGCCCGCUUCAAGCGCGGUUAACGACAUCCUAUUUUUCAGUCCCC